AUGACCACAGACGGGAGGUGCUCCUUCAAUGGCAGCACACCGGGCGAAGAUUCUGAAAUCAAUGGCGAUGAUGAUGCCUGGGAGGCUACCCGUCUGGUUCCGAGUUCCAGUCCUAUAUCGAAGGUUCUGAGAAGAUUCCCUUCCUUUCUGCAUCGAUCAUCUCGCCAUGGCGCCGCAGUCGGUCAACACGUUCACCACUUCCCUGAGUACUCAGAUCCUCACAGAGUGAAGCGCAAUUGCUUCUUCGAAACUCUAGUUGAGGUCGUCGCAACUUUCCGAGCCAUCCUGGGGUACUCGUGGCUCAACAGCCUCCUCGUUUUCGUCCCGCUGGCUAUUGCCAGCUACUUGGCCCAUGCGAACCACAUUCUCGUUUUCACAGCCAAUGUCAUCGCUGUGGUUCCGCUCUCGAGCUUGCUCACAUGUGCGACGGAGAACAUCGCCAGAGAAUCGGGCGAUGUAGUUGGCGCUCUGCUCAACGUGACGUUUGGAAACCUGGUCGAGAUUGUGAUCUUUGCCGCCCUCUACCACAAUCAAUAUGAGGUCGUGCAGGCCUCUCUCUUGGGCUCGAUUCUGGUGAACUUGUUGCUCAUCUUGGGAGUAGCAAUCCUGGCUGGAAGUUUUUGUCAUCAAGAGCAGUCUCACAGCAAAGAGGAUGCGCAAGCUCUAGCUUGCCUUCUCAGUGUAUCCGUCUUCAGCUUGCUUAUACCGAGUGCUCUUGUUCACUCAUUUGACGAUCUGAAGUCCGCUGGAGCAGCUGUAUUGACCUUAAGUCGGGCGUCUUCAUUGACCUUGUUGGCGAUAUAUUUACUUUAUAUCUUCCUACAGAUCAAAAAAUCCACUGCUAACAGACCAUCCAUCCGUGUUGUUAGCACGGAUGGCUCCAAUGGCCCUGUAAGGACGAGUGGUGACAUUUCUGCUUCCAGUGGUUUACUAUUUCCGCGUUCAAUUCGGUUCCAGGACGAAGAAUCGGCUCCAAGCUAUACAGCGAAAGCAACGCGGAAAGACAGUUUGGAGAUGUCGGCUCUAGACGAUUCAGGACAGUCUCAGCUUGACCCCGACGAGGCCAGCGGCCACCUCAACUGCGAAGGAUCUGACGAAGAUGAAGGUGUCGAGACGCAAGAGCAGGCUUGGAAAACGUCUUCUGACAAAAGACGGAAUCCGAGAAACUCCAUCUACCAAUUUCCUUCCCGCAGACGAGGUUCCGACUCCGGCAAUUCGAGUCAGCGACAUAUGAGUCCUGCUGGUUUGCAGCCUGGACGGUCACAUCGCUCGUCCUACGCGGGUUCAACUUCCAGUCUCCCUCGUCUGCUAUUGGGAAGCUCCGUUGCGAACGCCGACAGCCCAAGUGAUAUCGGCAGGCUGGAGAACUCGCCAAUGGCUAUUGGGAAACUGGCCUCCAGUUUACUACUCGUUAUAUCCUCCUUGCUUGUGGCUAUCUGCGCCGAUUUUCUCGUAAACACCCUUGACGAUAUUGUCGAGUCCGGACCUUUCUCCGAGGCAUUCAUUGGUCUUAUCAUUCUCCCGGUUGCUGGCAACUGUGCGGAGCUCAUCACUGCGACUGCAGUCGCCUCUAAAGGCAAGUUCGAUCUUGCCAUAGGCGUUUCUGUUGGUUCAUCUGUUCAGAUUUCCCUGUUUGUGACACCCCUUGUUGUCAUUGCUGGAUGGGCUCUGAACCGGGAUAUGACCAUGUAUUUCGGCAUCUUCGAGACCGUGGCACUCUUUGCAACGACUUUCUUGGUAAACGUGCUCAUUCUCUAUGGCAAGUCCAAUUUCUUGGAGGGAAGCUUGCUCUGUGCCUGCUACUUCAUUAUUGCAGUCGGAGCAUAUCUUUUUCCGACACCAGAUCACCGAGCUCCGCAUGACCGUCCUCCAGACUAG